GGCGCUGGGUGCCAGUUCGGGUUUUGGGAUAGGUGCAAACUUCGUGUGCCUGGUAUCUUAAAGGAGGAAAAACGGUUUAAAUCACUGGUUGGCCUUUCAAGGCCGAUUGCCAGAGCUCUUUCAGUGUUGUAAAGAGACGCCAUGGCCGACCGCGUGGGCUCGCAGCAGAUGAACCUGACGGCCGUGCGCCGCCACGACCCGUACGUGGCCGACAUUGUGGACAGCGCCACCCAGGUGGCCGUCUACGAGUACAACUCGCCGGCCAGCGAGUGGCAAAAAACAGACAUGCAGGGAGCGCUCUUCGUCUACAAAAGGUCGGGUCCGCCCUACCACAGCUUCAUGGUGCUCAACCGUUUGAACACGAAGAACCUGCUGCAGCCGCUCACCAAGGAGCUGGAGUUCCAGCUGCAGGCGCCCUUCCUCCUCUACAGAACGUCGCAAGGAGUCAUCUACGGGCUCUGGUUCUUCUAUGAGAACGAGUGUUGUCGGAUGGCGUCCCUGCUAGAGAGCCUGUGUCAGUCGCCGGCUGGCGGCGGCGCCGGCGGUGGCGCCUCCAAGAAUGCCCCGAUCGACCUCCUCACACUCUUCCGCAGCGCCUCUGGGCCGCAGCAGUCACAAUCUCAGCCUGCUCAGCAGCAACAGCAACAGCAACAGCAACCACAACAACAACAGCAACAGCAGCAAACGUCGGCGGUGGCCACGGGCACCGGCAGUCGACCAGAUACUCCACAGAGAGCCGACGAGAAGCAUGGACAAAUUACCAUAGCGGACCUCUUCGCCAAGGCGUCCAAAACGGGACAGGUGCUGAUUGGCAAACAGACGGUGCGCUCCAUCUCGGUGUCGGAGGUGGAGGACGCCAUGCCAGACUUGGGCGGUCGGCCCCGGCCCGCCCUCCAGCAGCCACCCACGAUCUCCGCCUGCCCGCCGCCAGACGCGGCGGCCGUGCCGCCGGUGCGCGAGACCGAAGCCAAGGACGUGAACCGCAUCCAGGAGCUGUUCAGAGGCAGCCUGCAGAUGGGCGCCGCCGAGGCGGCUCCGGCCCCGGCCCAGGCAGCGCCGACCGCGGCUCCGGGAUCUGCUUUAGUCCCUGACCCGACGCCGGCGUCCGGGACUAUCUCGCUGAUGUCGCCGAUGAUGUUCUCGGCGCUGGUGCCGCCGCCUGCCGUCGAGCUGGGAGGCUCUGGUGCGGCCGGUGACCGCGCGGUGCUGGGCGCCACAGCGCCCUCCCCGCUGCUGGGCGAGCGGGUCCGCAAUGGGGACGGCGAUCUGACGGAGGUCACGCCGCUCACCAAGCGCCAGCUGACGCAGGCUUUCAACUAUCUGCUAAAGAACGACGACGCGUUCAUCGCCAAGCUGCACGACGCGUAUGUGAAGUCGCUGACGGAGAGCUUCAGGAAGAGCUGAUCUGGCUGUGCCCUGUACCUGACUCGUGUGCGCUGCUGUGUUUGUGUCGCCCGCGGAGCCGCCGCCACGCCACGCGGCCCGGCGGCUCCGCGGCCCCGCCGGCGCCCCGCAAGCUGUAGCCGCCGGACUGCCCGCGGCGGGACCGUUUUAGCGGGCAGUGCGGACGGUUUUACGUGGGCCCCGGCCGCCGCGAGGGUUUUGAUAGCGUUUUAGCGGAGGACAGCGGUCGCCGCGGACACGACGGCGGAUGCCGCUCCGGAGUAGAGCUAUUUAGUUCCGGCUGUGGCUCGCGGUCUCGUGCGUGUAACUGUCGUGCUGUGUCGCGAAGCGCGGAAUAAAGAACCCGCGCCUGCUCCGAGCGUGUUACCGAUCAGAGCCAGCGAAGCGCGGAAUAAAGGACCCGCGCCUGCUCCCAGCGUGUUACCGAUCAGAGCCAGCGAAGCGCGGAAU